GACUUUAGCCCUUGCUCUUACCCUGCUACAUGUACUUAAAACACUUUUUUAGUUUAAUUUUAUAUUGACCACUAAUGCAACUGUUAAUGAAACAAAAUAUUGACUCCCCUUCUAAGUUUGGAUGUGUCAGAGAGGUUUUUUUUACUUGAUUUGAUAAACCAUAGAUAUAUCAAAAGAGGCUUUCAUUCAACUUGCUUGGUGAUGAGGAACGGUAAAUGAAAUCAGGGUAUGGGAAGUUGUUUUGUUUGGCAUGGUAUGGUCCAUAUGGUUAAAAAGAAAAUAGGUGCAGUUUAAGAAAGAGGAGGUGGUUGUAGAUAGAAUCGUGGAAAUGAGUCAAUGGAAAUCCUAUGACUGGAUAAGUGGGAGAAUGAAGUUCUUUGAUGUACAUCCACCUUGUCACCAAUCUAUAAAUAUUAUUUUAAGUAUAAUGGUUUCAACCUCAUUGCUAAUCUGUUAAUGAGAGAAAAAAGGAUUAUUUUUCUCAGGUUCUUCUCAUUGGUUCAAUCUUCAAUGGCUAAACGUAUGGGUUAUUUACUCACCUACAUCAAAUUUUGUUUAUGUUAUUUAGUUAAAUUCUGUCAUGUUUAAAUGUGUUAGUCCUUUGGGGGUUUUGUUUGAGCUCACCACCAAUGUUAUCAACGCGGAUGAAAGACAAGAUAAG